AUGAAAAUGGACUCCAGACAAGGAGCUUGCACUAAUGCAAGAGUACGCGAAUCUCUUCCUACCAGCCUGCCCAAGAGCUGCUGUCACAAAAACAUGAGACAGGAUAAUCAAAAGGUUAAGAGAAUCAGCAACAGCUACAAGCCUUUGUUUGGAGAGUAUGAACAGAGUAAAGCUUCAGAAAGUAACCGACAUAGAAGUGCAAUUGAAAUAGCUGCACUUGAUAAAAAGGAACAUGACAAGAUAAAGGACAGAAACCAAGCUACAGAGAUUGAAAAGUAUAAGAGGAAAGAAAGUGGAGAGCAGUUGAUGAAGGAGAACUCUAAUGCAGCAUUGGGAAAAAGAACGGAGAAGAUGCUGGAGUACCGGUGUAAGACAAGCAGCAAUGACAAGGGCAAGGGCAAGGGAAAGAGUUCAGCUGCAGGCGAGAUCUUGCCUGUCAUGGAUCCUACCACCAAGCCAAGUGGCAGCAAAAGUGCUGUAAUAGAAGGUGAAUACAAAAAGUAUUUGAAGGAGGAAUCCGAGUUCCAGACAAAGAUGUUGGAGUGGUUGCAACCUAAAUACUUAAAGCACUUCUCCACAUCUGCAAACUCCCACUCUACCGCAACCCAAAUCUUUGACAUGCUCUUGUUGCAAUACUGUUCAUGA